AUGCUCGUAUUAACAUCAGGCAGUUGCUAUUCGCUUGGCAUAGGAAUUAGUUUAGCGCACCCCAGCGCCCUCAAUGCUGCUAUAUUAUCUCCAAACGCCACCGAUAUUAAAGCAACGAUCGAUCAAGCAUCUUGGAUAGCUUCCAUCCAAGGCUUCUCUGGUUUAAUCGGUUUUUUUGUCUUCGCUCCUUUAAUACAAAUUUUAGGUAGAAAGCCUGUCAAUAUCUUGUUUCAAAUAUGUUUAAUAAUCGGAUGGAUCUUAUUAUUUAUCAGUAAAAGUGUCACCAUGUUAUUAAUUGCAAAGUUCAUGCAAGGACUAUCAAUUGGUGGACUUAUUGUGAUCGGGUUAACAAUUAGUGAAUUUACACAUAGAAAUAAACGCGGCGUAUUUUUGACUAUUAAAAAAACAGUUUUAUCAUUUGGAAGUUUAUUAUGUCAUUGUCUAGCGCUUUAUUACGAUUGGAGGCGAAUUGCUGAAGUGGCAAUCAUACCACAUGUUUUAGCAAUAAUAAUAAUUACAUUCUGUCCAGAGAGUCCAUCGUUUUACGCAGUGAAAGGUAAAUAUUCGGAUUGCAUGAAAUCAUUCGUAUGGUACCAUGGUGAUUCAUAUGAAAGUAAACGUGAAAUGAAUUCAUUAAUCGCCGCACAAAUGGAAAGAAGAUGUAAUAAACAGAAAAGAAAGGAUAAGAAAUUUAGAUGGUUUAAAAAACUAUUAAGAAGAGACUUUCUAAUACCUUUUUUAAUCGCAACUCUUGCUACUAUAGCUGUCGAUUUCAGUGCUUUAUGUAUAUCAACUUUAGUUAUAAAAUCAUUUAAAAGACGAACAAUAUUAUUUAAAUUCGGUACCCUGUCUAUAGCUUUGAUGUACUCUGUUACUUUAUCCGAAGUUUGUUUUACUAUUUCAAUGGAGAUAUUCCCAUUGGAACAUAGAGCUAUAGGUUCUCUUACAACUGGCAUUGCUUUUACUUUGUUUUAUGCUAUUACUAUGAAAAUUGUACCUUUAAUGAUAAUAAGAAUGGGUGUAGGCGGCACUUAUUUUGUAUUUAGUCUAUGUGUUACUAUAUGUUUAGCUAUAUUAUAUUAUAUACUACCAGAAACAAAGGAUAAAAGUUUGCAAGAAAUAGAAGAUGAAAUAAAAGGUAUUAAAAGAACAGAUGCUGAAAUUGAAUUAAUUAUUUCCAAUGGAGCUAGGAAUUUUUAG